AUGGGUCGGUUCUUUAUCAAUGCUGCUCUAUCACAAGUGGUGCUCAAGUACAAAUUAUUUGAAACAGAGUCUUUGCGAGCGGAGGUGGAAGACAUGCCUCUUCCUUUAGGAGCCAUUUGCACUGGCUUGGGCUUGUUCUUAUAUUUUUGGCUGCUCAUAUUUCUCGAUGGUUUUAUUGCCCGAUUGCUCGGUUCAUCAAAAACGCACAUUCAUUACUCAAGGGAAGAUCAUUGUAUUCCUGAUAUUGAUCCGUCUUCCGUAGCUACGCCAAGAGCACCUCCUGCGGUUAUCUCCAACACCGAUUUUACCCAGGAGAGUAUGGUGAAUACCAAAUAA